CAAUSUCUCGUUUAAAUGGUAACCAAGCCUUCUUAGUGACGGUGUACGUGGGAUAGCACACACAACAASUGUUCUUCAUAUUUUUAACCUUUUCGAUGUCUGCAAAGCCUAUUUUGUAUUCGUACUUCAGAAGUUCUUGUACAUGGCGAGUCAGAGCAGCUCUUGCUCUCAAAGGGAUUGAGUAUGAAUACCAUCCAGUUCACUUGGUUAAAGGUGGAGGUGAACAGCACUCUGAUGACUAUAAGAAGGUUAAUCCUGUUGGUCAAAUCCCAGCUCUCGUGAUUGAUGGACACACCCUCACAGAGUCGCUAGCGAUUGUUGAAUAUUUGGAUGAAACACGACCUGAUCCACCGUUGCUUCCAAAAAAUGAUCCUUACAAGCGUGCAUUGGUCAGAGAAGUCAGCCUUAUUAUCACAUCUGGUAUUCAGCCACUGCAAAAUCUCAGAGUUCUUCAGCAUGUUGGAAGUGAAAAGAAGAUGGAGUGGGGGAAAUAUUGGAUAGACAGAGGUUUAGGAAGCUUGGAAAAGCUCCUUGAGACCACAUCUGGAAAGUACUGCGUUGGGGAUGAGAUCACUAUGGCAGACUUGUGUCUUGUUCCUCAAGUGUACAAUGCCAACCGUUUCAGUGUUGAUAUGUCCAAGUACCCGAUUAUAUCACGAAUCAACGAAGCAUUGUCCCAAGUGGAUGCAUUCAAGGAAUCCCAUCCAUCACAGCAGCCAGAUUGUCCAGAGGACAUGAAAUAAUUGUGAUAAAAAUCAACUUUGAUCCUGGGCAGAAAACAAUGUUACCUUGUACCUAGGGCCUUAUUGAAAAAAAAGAAAAUAAAUGAAAUAAAAAAUAAAUAAACAGAGAAGCCGUAGGAACGAGAACGUUGUUUACAUCAGUUUUUGUUUAGGAGGAGGCCUUGACUAAAUCAUUGCCUGUUUUAAUUUUAUUGAUAAUAAUGUUAUUGAUAUGUUUGCACUAUAAUAUAGAAAGUUGUAAUUGGAUCAGAUCACAUCUAUAAAAGGAUCUCAUGUGCUCGUAAGAAAUUAAGUUAUAUAUUAAAGAAAUCUAACAGAUAACUGUCACUCUACUGUUGUACUAGGCUUGAACUUUUACAAUCAAUGAUAAUUUAUGCUUUAUAUUAGUGUUAUAAUAAUAUGGAAAUAGUUUUGGGGAUAAAUGAAUAAAAUACAAGAAGAAUGAUUUGGUAA